AUGUCCGACAACGCUGCUAGCCCUCGCGCUUCCCCCGAGGCCGCUGUCAAGGAGCCAGCGUCGAUGCGCCUUCCCGACGAAACCUGGGUCUCAAUCUUCCGCCUGCUCGGAUACAAGACGCUCCUGCACGUUCGCCGCAUCUGCAAGAGGUUCAAAGAUCUGCUCGAGGUGCGUCACAAGCCUCGCGCUCAACUCGACUUCGACGACGUCUUCUUCCGCCAAGCCCCUCCCGCGAAGCUAGAGAAGAAGCAGAAGUACAAGCUGCACCCGAUGCUCAACGAUGUCGACUGCGCGAGGGUCACCCCGACGGAGGCGGAGAUCAUGCACUACAAGGAGGGAAGCGGAGACGAAACCUUCAACGGUUACGACUACCCUGCCGCCAAGGAGUUUGCGACCGCGCCGGCCUGCACGUCGAUUGAUAUCGAGCUCAACGAGUCGAAAGUCGGCAAGGUCAGCAACAAACGCGGCGUGACGGUCUCGCAAGUCCUCGUCGCGUGCGGCAAGUUCUGGGAAAAGCCCAUCCCCGACUCGGUCGCGAACAGGGUCAGGCGCCAGGGUGGCUGGCCCAGGAACGAGAAGAUCACGAAGCUGACGACGAUGGGCGACCACUGCUUCUUCGAGGGUUGGGGGCAGCCGACGGGAUUGGGAGAGGGAAAGGUUCGCCUCGCUUCACAUUGGUUUGGCUCGUAG